AGAAGGAAGAAACUCCGGAUACGCUGCCUUUAAGAACUGUAACACUCACCGCGAGGGUCCGCGGCUUCAUUCUUGAAGUCGGUGAGACCGAGAACCCACCAAUUCCAGACACAGAACGAAUCAACCAAGGAUGGAAAGGUGUGUGAGGCUAAUGAAAUAGCCAUGGAUGUUUAUUUGGGAGCGAGUGCAGAUCAACACUCUCCAACUGUGCCUCUGGCCGCAGGGUCCCCUCCUUGCCAAGCAGGCUGGGUGCUGACAUUUGGGCAUUUGAAGGAGGCCACAGAGAACUCACCUGUUGGAGCUUGAGAAAACAGCGCUGCUGGGUCAGGGGAAGUACUCUGAAUCUCUGCUCUGUUGUAAUUCCUGUCAGCAGCCUCAGGUUAUGGGUGAGCUUCCCAUCACAAACAGCCCCUCUUUGAGCUGAAGGACUAGAGGAACAAAAGACUCAGCCCCAAGGUUAUCCGUGCUCACCUAGCAACACUGGCUGUGGCUGAGGAGUGGUGUUCCUCUACACAGAGCCUGGGCUUUCCUCCAGACUUGCUGCCCUCAUGCAAGCCCCCUGCCUGAUGUCACCUGCCUGAUGCUGGUGCUUUUCAACUGCUGUAUCUAUGAAGGGAGAAGCAUUUGCUGCUGAAAGAGUUAUUGUAUUUGCUAUUGGCAACACUUGAGAGUAAAGUUUAGCAGAGUAAGAGAGACAUAAAUCUAGAGGUUUGGGGUAGUUUUUUUUAAAAGGAUGUAUCAUUCGUUUAUUUUAAAAAGUCUAAGAAGAAAAGAGGAGAACAGUGGACACAUUUGAGAGCAUUUGAGGGUUAGAAAAGAUUUACCUCUUAGGAAUGAGGAUCCUCGAGCUUGUUUCCAAGUUCAUGGUGUUUUGAGUAUGGCAAGACUUUUUAAUAGUAUGAAUGAUGCCCAUGGAAUCUUCUGUAACACUCAAUCGACAGGAAUCCCGAGGUACUAUAUAUCCCAGAUCUUUGUUUUCCCAAACACAUUGGAGUAUGAAGGACACGUUGUGAAUGACAGAAUUCUGUCGUUAUAUUUAAUUUACUAUCAAAUUUACUAAAGUAAAUUUGUACUAAAGUAGAGGACUGAUUAAGAUAAAUACAGACAAUGAUCUCAUCCUGGAAGGAAUUACUAUGGAAAAAGAAUUUGACAAGAAGAUCCCCUUUUUAUCUGAACAAUAAAACAUAUCAAUUUCUCAAAGCUCUUAUGUUUGGCCAGUUCAUCUUGUGAGAGAAUGGAAAAAGGGGGACAUUCAUCAAUUUUACAACCUGCAGUCCAUCAUCAGACCAAAUCAGGAAGAAGAGUGCAUGGAGAAAACAUUUGGGAAGAAAAGGUAUUUUCGAAACAUCUGGAGCAAGAGACAAAUCCCAUCAGCUCAGUUCCAACAAUAUAUGCAGGAAUUUGGAAAACAUGAACCCUGGAAUUUGGAGGAGUCACUUCCACUGGAAAAUACUUUUAUAUUAUUUAUAGUGGCUGCCAUUACUGUGCUCACUUUACAGGUGAGGUUCAGAGAUUUAUUUAACAUGCCAAAGGUCACACAGCUGGACGCAGCAGAACCAAGAUUCAGAUCUCCACAGGACAUCUUGAAAAGAAUAUCAUCUGUAAACCAGGAAGAGGGCCCUUUUCAGACACUGAAUCUUCUGGCACCUUGCUUUUGGACAUUCCAGCCUCCAGAACUGUGAGAAAUAAAUGUCUGUGGUUUAAGCCACCUGGUGUAUGGUAUUUGUUAUGGCAACCCAAGCUGACUAAGACAGUGGGGUUUGUAAAAUUAUGUGAAUAUUUUGUUUUGCAUUUAACAAUAUGUUUUGAAAUAAGAAAAUGAUAACAUGAAAAUAAGACUCAGUCUCAAACCUAAUGGAACCAGACACAAGGAAGAGAAGUAGGUAGGCUGAAAGGCUGACUUUUUAGUCUCAAUUGGACACACAAAGUGUGCAGAUGUGAGUCUAAUUUGAAGUAAAAUGACAGAAUUGAUAACUACAUAUAAGUGGUGGAUAAAUAGCUUCAAUGAUUACAUCAACAAAGUGCAUCAUGUUGUAGGUCCAUCAUAUAUGUGCAUCUUGAAUAAAUUUAUUUCCUUCGUAUAACUGUCAUUUCCGUUGUCUGACAUAUUUAGGGAUUUUAACGUGGUAUGAAAAUAGGGCACUUUCUGUGGUUAUAGUCAUAAUCAUAGCAAUGGAUUAGUAGUAGCAGAAGUUCCAGUAUUAGUAGAAAUAGUGAAAAACAAUACAACAGCAGUAAAGUAAAAUAACGCUAUUGUAUUACAUUAAAUGCGAUAAUGCACACAAUGUUCUAUAACCUAUUAAGCUUGAGACAAAUGUUAAUUAUUUUCUGCAUUGUUGUAUGGUCUCCAUUUUGCAAUAAAUGCUCAAUUAUGCAUUGAUUAAAUAGGGAUGUCUUAUUGACCUGCUUGGUAACUUAGUUCUUACUCACACUUUUUUCUUUACUAAUCAGAAAAUUAAGCUCUUCAAUCCAAGGUCAGCCCUCAGGAAGGGGUGGAUGAGAGCCAAAUUUAACCUGCAGCUGGUUAAUGAUUUUAUGUUUGAAUAUAAAACCUGCAGGCUUGACAUGCAGUCACCUUCCUUUUGCCUUGUAGCUGAGUGUUCUACAUGUAUAUGUCAUAUGGCCUCUGAAAUAAUUCGUAUUUGAAGCUCUGGGUAAGUGGUUAGGAAAUGACCACCUGCAGGAAACAAUGGGAGAGAGCCUUAUUUCCUCAACUGUAAGGAAUUCCAGCAUGUCUAGAGGUUAGCCAUGACCUCUCCUUGGUCAGGAUUCUGCUGUGAUGAGACAGAUGAUUGCCAAUUCACGAAGGCCACUUUACUAAAUCUGGGAUGUCUGAUUUAGUGCCUGCAGGAAUCCCUUGGCACAACUAUCACACAUAGUCUACUCGAGUCCUUCUUUAUCUACCAUUGCUUUUAUUCUUUUCAAAUGUAUGA